UAAAUACGCACGCCCCUGUUGGCGUCUUGGAAAAGCGAGCCCAAUGAAAAUGUGAUCCGGGCUGCCUGUUGUGUUCCCGAUUGCGCCGCUAUGGCGCCCGAGCCCGUGAACACGUCAAAGCGGUGAAAUAGAAAGGUAGGAUUUCAGUUUGUAACGGAUCUCCGUCGGCCAUGUUAACUUGGUUGUUAGCACGGUUGGCUCCCAACUAGCUUGCUAGGCUACUCGCUCCAUCGGUAGAGUAGCGAGCGUCACACGCGCUUUGUUCGGUGUCUUUUGCGUGCUUAACAUUCACGAGGAACAUCGUUGCUCCCGCCUCCGUUUGUUCAUGUUUACGCGGCGGCGGUGUAACCGCUAACGGUUUGCCCGUCGUUCGUGUCCAUGUGCAGCGCAGCCGUCAUGGAGGCGGGCAUCCUCCCGGUGGAGCUGUGGCGGCUCGUCUUGGCCUACCUGCCCCUCGCCGAGCUGGGCCGCUGCUGCCAGGUGUGCCGCGCCUGGAGGGAGCUGGUCCUCUCUCUGGAUAACACCCGCUGGAGGCAGCUGUGCCUCGGCCGCCCCGAGUGCCGGCACCCCAACUGGCCCGGCAAGCCUCACCUGGAGCCGCCGUCGUGGAGGGAGGCCCUGAAGCAGCACGCCCUGGCCACCCGCACCUGGGCGCAAAACGGACCCGAACACCAGUCCACCGCCUGCCUCCUUUUAUUCAGGCGGCGGAAAGACCGCCGGGUGUGGCACGUGGGCGCCGGGUUGGAGUUGGAGACCCUGCGAGGCGCUCUCGGGGUGGCGGGGCCUUACGACCGGCUGCUUCUCCAUCCGGGGGUGUACGAAGAGCAGGCGGAGGUGGCCCUCAAGGUGCCCGUGGAGCUGGUUGGACUGGGCGGGCUGGGUCAGGUGGCCCUCAUGGUGUGCAUGGAGCAGCAGUGCCCCACUGCCAGGCUGUGUAAUCUGGUUUUCAUGCCACCCUGGUUCUCCACCGUGGUGUACAAGGCGUCAUGGGGUCAUGUCCAACUGGAUAACUGCAACUUUGAGGGGGCUCAGCUGCAAGUCCGCGGGCCCGGGACUUGCCAGGCACGUUUUUGCUCUUUCUCCAAGGGCAGCUCUGUGCAUUUGCUUAGCGUGGCCCUCAGCUUACUGGACAGCUGUGACUUCUCCGGGAGCGAUACAGCUUCUGUCACCGUGGAAGGUUCGCCGGUGUCGGAAAAGAACUGGGCUUGUAAAUAUAUGGCUGCCCUUGCUAGGACAUUCUCGCCGUGCGGGAGCAAUAAUAGUAGCCCCCACAGGGCGAACUCCACUGGCGAAUCUUGCUCUGAUGCUACUGUUAAAAAAGAGCACACAAGUAUGGAGGACAGGCAGCGGGGAAAUGGAUUGGAAGCAGCUGAUCAGGGCACAGUGAUUGAAGAUGGAUGGAGUGAUGGUGAGGAUGAUGGGAGCCGAGAGGGAGGAAUCACCCAAAAACUAUUUUCACUGGAUUAUAAAAUCCCAUGCGACAACCAUGGACUGUCCCACUUACUGAAGCCCUGUGCGCAUGACUCCUUGCCAUUAGCCUCCUCCCCAAAUCCCCCACGUGUGACUCCGGAGCUCCUCACCCUUCAGCAGGAGCUGGAACGGGACCCAGAUGCUCAGAUGUUUGUGUCAUCCACUCUUGGCUGCCUCGUCCGGCGUUGUCUCUUCAGGGAGGGGAAGGGAGGAGUCCAUAUAUCUAAUUACGGACAAGCUCGAUUGGAGGCCAACAUUUUUCGCUGUCUGAACUAUGCCGUCAGAUGCAUCCAGAACUCCGUACUAGUGAUGCUGCGAAACGAGGUGUGUGAGUGCAGAGCAUCAGGCGUGUUCCUGCGGCUGUCGGCUCAGGGCCUCAUCGCCGAAAAUGACAUCCACUCAAACGGGGAGGCGGGGCUGGACAUCAGGAAAGGCGCUAACCCCAUCGUUGUGUGUAACAGAAUCCACAGCGGCUUGCGCUCUGGGGUUGUUGUGCUUGGCAAUGGAAAGGGGUCACUUCGGAGCAACCAGAUCUAUAACAACGGGGAAGCGGGCGUGUACAUCCUCUUCAGUGGGAACCCCGUGGUCUGUGGAAACCACAUCUUCCAAGGGCAAGCAGCAGGGAUUGCUGUAAAUGAGAAUGGCAGAGGGAUUAUAACAGAAAAUGUCAUCAAGGACAAUCAGUGGGGAGGUGUGGACAUCCGCAGAGGAGGUGACCCAAUCUUGAGGCAUAACUUCAUCUGUCAUGGAAACUCUGACGGCAUUGUGGUGGGAGAGCGAGGCCGGGGACUCAUUGAGGGAAACCAUGUCUACUGCAACAAAGGUUGCGGUGUGUGGGUUAUGUCAUCCAGCCUCCCACAGCUUCUUGGAAACUACAUCACCCAUAACUGCAUGUAUGGCCUGGCCGUGUUCUGCAGGAAGGACCCAGACAACAUCAAGGCCAGGGAGGGGAACUGGCCAGGGCACGACGGGAUCGGCGGGGACGACAGCGGCGACAGGAGGGGCGUAGUUGAGGAAGACGGCAGGGAAGAGCAGGAAAACCUACAUGAGGAGGGGGAAAUGUUUGCAUGGGAGAGCGACCUGGACAGUGAAGAUGAGCGCCACUCAGCACGCCGCUCCAUCAGUGUGGCGCUGGUGGAAAGCAACUGCAUGAGCUUCAAUGGAGCCGUCGGUCUGUAUGUUAAAACCAGUGAGCCACUCAACGUUUAUGCCAACCUCGUCAACCGCAACAGGGGCGCUGGCGUUGCCGUGCUGCAGAGCAGUCAGCUAACCCGCUUGGUUGCCAACUGCAUUGUUGCAAAUGUACGAGGGGGCGUUACAGUGGAGAAAGACUCCCGUGCGGAGCUGCGCUGUAACGGUAUAUAUGAAAACAACGACCACGGCGUCGACUUUGCUGGGAUCGGACAAAUGGUCGAGAAUGACGUGGUUGGAAACUGUGGCUACGGGAUCCAAGUGUCUGGAAGUGGUGAUGUCAAGUUGCUGCGCAACCGUGUCCAACCGGCACUGGGUUGUGGCAUCGCAAUACUGGGACCAGUAAAAGCGGUGGUCACUGAUAACCAGCUGUUCCAGGGCCACCCAGAAAGCAAAAAAAGCCUUUUACACUGGGACCCUGGCAAUGAGAGCUGUGUGUUACGCAAUAACAGUAUUUCAAGACAUAACAGCAGCUGUACAUCUGUCCCUCCUUGGAUUCUGGAAAACCCUCCCCCCCGUCCGCCUGCCAGCUCACCUUCAGGCCUCUCCUCCUCCCAGUACCCCUCACGACUGGGAAUCUCCAUGACGACCAGGAUCAGCGCCACCGUGGAGAGUGGUUGCCACAGUGGCAGCAUGUUCUGCUCGAUUCUGUGAUAAAACUUUAAAGCACUGAAAAACAACAUCUAGGGAUGAUUUUGCCAAGUUUGACUGUCGACAUCAUUUCUGCCUUCUGAAGUUAUGCUCUUUGGUUUGGAUGUAGACAGGAAAAAAAAGAACAAAGUGGAAUUUUUAUCAUACUGGUGGAAGAUUGUCGGUCGCAAAUUUAAACGGAUCGUCUUCAAGCUCUCUGGGAUCAUUUCUGCAGCAACAGAAGAUUCCUAAGGAUUUUGAUUCAUUUCCAACAUGGAAUGGUCACGUUAGUUAGUGGCGGCUUAAAUGUCAACUGAAUGAAUACUCGCAAUUCUUAUAUGGUACCAAACAAUCUGCAAACUCCCUGAUUAUUACUGUUGGAGGUUACAUUAGCCAGCUUAUGCCGGCAUUUGGUUUAAUUACAAAAAACGUCUGACAAUUGCCACCGCCGGCCACAACGGCCAUCGAAAUAUUUUGUAGUUACUCAUGUCUAGUGUUAUUAAAAGAGAAUUUCAUUUGCGUAAUAUCCGAUUGGCAUCAUGUCUCCCUUCUCAUUACUGACCUGUUCUUAAAGAUUGCAUGGCCACCAUUCACUAGAUUUGGCGAACCUGACGUACAAAAAAAAAAAUAAUAAACUAGGGUAACCUCCGAUUGCGUCAUGUCAAAGCAAGAAUCCUUUUCUCAGUGCUCUACAAAUUGUAAUCUAAACGGACUUUUCUCACAAAGCGGUGGUUGUCUUUGGCUUUAUCACAAAAGAUCAAUGCAUUAAAUCUGAACUCUUAUUUUGUAUUGACACUAUCAACUGCUUGAACACUGUAUGUAAGCUCUAUUUGGCACUACACGUAGUAGUCAGGUGUUCAACUCAGCUUUGUCCACCAGUGCUCAUCUUUGAAGUGUUUCCAAAUAUUAUACUCACCGUUUAUGGCUUUAUUUAUGUUGACUCCUUCAAAGCUUUGUGUUCUGCCCUGCAUUCAGUCAUGAAGUUUUGGGAAGUAGUGUGCUAUGUGUAGAUGAAGUCUCUUCAUUUUUAUAUUAUUCAAAAUCAACGUGAGGGUCGGUCAAGUUUUAAAAUAUUCUUUUUUUUCCAUGCAAAGACGUGCUGUAACCAUACCCGUUCUGUCAGUGUUUACAACACUUGUACAUUUUCAAAGCCAAACAAGUCAGAGAUAAUGUUGCCUUUAAUGUUCUACAAGGUAAAAGCUGUGACUUGUUUGACCUUUUUAUGUAAUGAUAGCUUGAGCUUUAUAUGAAGAAAAAGCUCAACUCUUGCUUCAGUCUCUCUUAACAUUCACUGCCAUUGACGGCUUUAGAAGUCAAAUAUCCAUGUUAACUGGGAAGGCUGGCAGCGAAUGAGUUAAUAAAUGUCAUAGUUCCUUGUGAGUCUGUGCCACCGCAACCAAAUCAAAUUCUUUGAAUUUUUGCCACAGACUUACCAGGUGAUAAUUACCUAAAGAGGGUUGGAGAUGUUCAGUGUGCAAUAUGUAAUGUCAACUAAUGUGCCUACUAUACGUUUUCAAACAUCUUAGAUGUACAGUUAUCGAAAACGCGUUUACAUUUGUCUUUGCAUCCAUCAGAGCGACAACUGUAUCAUUUGAAAUUAUAUUUCCACUUUAUUUGUUCACGAAAUUAAUAAACAGUUCUUCUAUUUGC